ACCUCUGAUAGGCACGUACGGUGCGAAAGAAGUCCAACAUACACACAUACAGUGCGUGCAAGGCACCCCCUGCCCCCCCCCGCCCCAAAGCUCGUUACGCGACUGGCUGCAUGCAGCCUUUGACCCCCCGGCCGGAGUGUACACGAAGAGCGCCGUGGUCGUGGCCGUGUGAGCGGCGGUGAGGAUGUCUCCUCGCGGCCGUGUGCUGUGCGUGGGACUCGUGUGCCUGGACAUCAUCAGCGUGGUCGACUCGUACCCCGAGGAGGACACGGACACGAGAGCACGCUGCUGCGCUCUCCUCUCCUCCUCUCCAUCACCAGGCACCUCGACACGAGGAGGAGAAGUUGCUCCUUCUGCUUUGCAGCCUCUUCUGCUGUCUGCAGCCGCCUGUAGCUAUGCGUGUCCCAGCGCUGGCAGCGAGGGGGGAAUGCGUCCAACACCUGCACGGUUCUGUCCCAGCUCGGGGUGCCCUGCGCCUUCAUGGGGACGCUGGCUGCAGGCAGAGUCGCAGACUUCGUGCGGGAGGAGCUGCAGGCGAGCGGCGUGGACGCGGGGCUUGUGGUCGUGCACGCGAACUGUCGCGCCCCGCCCUCCUCCGUGGUCAUCGCGAACCGGCGCACGGGCAGCCGCACCAUCCUCCACAGCAACCGUUUCAUCACGGACGACUUCUCUCGCUGCGGGGUGGACGCCUCGCUCGUGGUUCGGCACGCGGCCGGCGUCACGCCAUGUGCCUGCUGCACGCUGAGCCUCGCCUCGGGCUCGCGAACCGUCCUCCUGUGGGACCUGGAUUUACCCGAGAUCUUGGCGGACGAUUUCAGCAAAGUCGACCUCGGCCCUUUCAGGUGGAUUCACUGGGAGGGCAGGAACGGCGACGAGCAGCUGCGGAUGAUCGCGCGCGUCAACGAGAUGAACAGACGCCGAGACCCCGGGGAAGCCAUCACGGUGUCGGUGGAGAUAGAGAAGCCCGAGAAACUCGACACGCAUCAGCUGAUCGGCCACGGCGACGUGGUUUUCAUCAGUAAGGACUUUGCAAAGCACGCUGGGUACAAUUCAGCUGAGGCGGCAGUACGAGGGCUCUACGGCAGAGUGAAGCGAGGCGGCGUGCUGGUGUGCGCGUGGGGGGAGCAGGGGGCGGCGGCGACGGGCCCGUCCGGGGAGGUGGCGUGCUCUCCCGCGUUCCCGCCGCCCACCUUGGUGGACACGCUCGGCGCGGGGGACACCUUCAUCGCCGGCGUCAUCGCGGCGCUGUCGCGGGGCCAGUCCCUGCAGGAGGCGCUCACGUUCGGGUGCCGUGUUGCCGGAAAGAAGUGCGGGGUUCAGGGCUACGAGGGCCUGGGGGAGCUGUGCUGAUCGCUCAGGGCCCCGUGGUGGCACCUCCGCUUAGCACGGUUGGUUACGUACGGUGCGAAGGAAGUUCAACAUACAAGUCAGUGCCAUGUCGAGUGCCUAUAGUGGGUCGUGGGCUAGACGAGGUGUUAGGUGAAGACUUCAGAGACUGGGCUAGGUGGGGGCUAGAGUUUGUGGCCAGGGUUAGGAUUAAAACCAUGGCUUGCACCAGUAUUGAGCCAAGUUAAAUGUCACAAUUUUCCUGCACGUUCAAAUAUUGCACGGCAUCCCACGAGAGGCAAUGCAGCUGCUUUGCUUCUGCAAACGUCGGCAACCGACUGAGCCAUUCAAUUCAGCCACAGCCAAUGUGUUGAGUUCUCGCCCUGGUGAAGCAAUAUUCACCCGAACUCGUUCAUAAUAAUUAUACACGAGGCCGGGAGUGCUAACCACCACCACCACCCCCCUCUCUCCAGCCUGGACGGUCCAGCCCAGGAAGCUUCAUAAAAAAUCUAGGUAAGCAACUGCAUCAGCUUGACCUAUGAAUAAACCAUAUUUAUUGAAUUUACAAUUGAUACAAUGGGUGUGAAAUAAUCAGGGUGUUGUAUUUUACCUUCGUAAGGAUUGUUGAAUCCCCGUUGCAGAUUUAACACUCGAGAUGCAGCGAGACAAUGAAGGCACGAUGGGCGAGGCAGACAUGAGGUCACCACGUGAUCCCAGAGUGCCUUCUUUGUAUCUGCAACAACCACAGCAUUUGGUUCAAGCAAGCCCCGACUCUACAAGUCGAAAUCGUUCCAGAGUUUUGAUUGUACUGAAUUAGUGUUGCUGAAAUUGUGUAAAAAAUUCCGUUACAUGUGGAGAGAGGGAUAUGAUUAUAUAGACAACAUUUAUACAUUCUUGCAAUAAAAUUGCACCAUUUGACUUGGCUUUAGGGUUGAUCAUUAAUCAUAUAACAAUCCCAGUGUUAGGCUUUAAGUGAGAAAGUCGGCAAGGAUUAGUAUUUGGCUAUUGGUCAGAUCUGUUACAUUCAAUGUUCACAUUAAGGUUAUGGUUACAUACUCUUUGGUUCUUUCGUUAAAGUCACGUAGGUAUAAAAUAAAUAAAUAAAUAUUCCCAAUGCAUUUAAAAUAAAAUACAUUUAUUUUAUUUUCUACCUACGUGACUUUACCGAAAGCACCAAAGAGUAUGGAUCCCUGCAGUCACGAAAACUUCAAAUCUAGAUUUUGGUUACAUUCUUUAUUAACACUACAAUUUAGAUUAGCUGGAUGAGUUACAAGUUUGGUACUUUCAUUGAUGUGACCAGGACUAUUUAGGGCUAAGGACUAGGCGGGCAUUGGUCUUCAUGAAAAGAAGUUACUCUUGAACGAUUCAACCGUGCUGAAUCAAGCUGCCUAUUCGGCUCUUUGGUCUUUACCUGAAGAGGCCAUUCCCAAGUAGCAUGAAGACAAACCCACAAGGCUUGUCGCGAAUACACGUGCUAAAAACUUCAUCCAUCGUUGUCAACCACCUGCCCUUCAUGGUGAUAAAAGAACUGAUGAUUCUGAUGAUUGUAAAGUAUUUAAAAUACAUUUGUAAUUCAAUGUGUUACGGUGGAAUGUGAUUUUUUUAAUUGUCAAUGAUUGUGAUUGUUUUUUCAUAUCAAAUACAAUUAACUGUGAUUCCAGUGGUGAUUAAGUAAAUGUUGUAUGAGAAUUGGAUUGUAAAAAUAAACGCAUAGCAGAGAAAGAAUGAA